UACCGCUUUAAACACGCUGUCUAUGCAGGUUCUUGCUGUGAAAAAAAUUAAUUCAUCUACUCUGCUCAAUCAUGCGGACUUUUUGGACAUUGUGUCAGGGAUUUCCCGGUUGAAUCACCCAAAUGUAACUGAGUUGGUGGGCUAUUGUUCUGAGCAUGGACAACUCUUGCUGGUUUAUGAGUUUCAUAAAAAUGGUUCUCUGCAUGAGUUCCUUCAUCUCUCAGAUGAAGAGAGCAAGCCAUUAACAUGGAAUAUCCGUGUCAAGAUUGCAUUAGGAACUGCACGUGCACUAGAAUACCUACAUGAAGUUUGUUCACCGUCUGUAAUCCACAAGAAUUUCAAAUCAGCUAAUAUUUUACUUGAUACGGAGCUCAACCCUCAUCUUUCAGAUUGUGGUUUAUCGAGCCUCGUCCAUGAACCAGAUCAGGUAUUACUUCAAAGCUUUUUAAAUAUCUUUCUCUAGCAAUUUCAGAAGAUUAGUGGUCUCCAGGUGACAGAGUGUCUCUUUCCAAGGAGAACGGUGGAAAUUAAAUUAUGCCUGUAUUAAUUGUUUCGUUCUUCGAGAUGGAAUUAUUCUAGCAAACUCACAGUAGACGUUUUAUUCUUUGAAGAUCCAAUUAUCUUUCUAAGGAAUGAGGUUUGAGGGGGUUGCUGUCUUGCC